AGAAAGUAGAAGGAUAAAAAUCUGGUUUCUACUCCAUCUAGUGUGCAGCGUGUUGGCCUCUUUCCUCACACAGAACCGACGGAUAGAUUCUCAUUCUCAUCACGACAGCCUAUGCUACACCUACAACUAGUGUGAGUGUUGAUCCAAGGUGUUGCGAUCCGUGUUGCCUCUUCGGUUGCCGUUGCGCAGCGUUCUUUGAAAACGAUUUUGCUUGUGGAAAAGGAGAAGCGGCGGGCGCGUCCAACCUGGCAUUGAACGAGCACCACUUAUUUAUUAACGCCUCGCGUAAGUGGGACAACUGGAACUGGAACUGUUGAACGAAAAGUACUAAAGUCGUCGUUGAAAGUUACAGGCGUUGCGCAAAGCCGAGGAAGCGAAGUGGACUCGAGACUCGUCGUAGCUGCUGACUUCAGGAGACAGGAGAACUACGGGGUGACAAGAAAAAGGGAAGGUGGUAUUCUGACCGUCAGUGGUCGCAGUCCAGGGCCGCCAGAGUUGAUCUCCGCCUACAGCUACACCCUGCAACGACGACAAGCAAUAAGAUCGUACUCCUCGUCGAAUCACGGACAAGGAGUGCGAGUGCCACUCUUCCCGAAGUGCAGGUUGUGCACUAGCUCCCGGUCGUGAAUCUUUGGAAUCGCCUACAACAAGAGCGAGGAGCAAACCGGCGACCCCAUUGAAAUUAGAACAAGCUGUGUCGCGCUACGGUGCGACAUUUGCCAGGCAAGAACAUUCUGUUUUACGAUUAGAUUCUGAUUCAUCGAGCAAGGAGGUACGGAAAAUUGCUUACAGCUGGUGCUAGAACGGUAGUUGUAGUUCGAGUAGUCGGUGAGAAGACGUCGAGAUCUUCGUCGUGCUGCAUACGACAUGAACUCGAUCUUUGAGUAUGCACACAAAGUCGGGGACACGCUGCGAGCCGGAGUGGCAGCGGUAACCCCAGUACCGACGGAAACGAAGUUCAUCGAGGAGGGGACUUUGACACCACAGGAAUUUCUACAGGCUGGCGACCAACUCUGCUACAAAUUCCCGUCCUGGCAGUGGGAGAAGGGAAAGCCCGCAAAUCGCGCGGGGUAUCUGCCAGACGAGAAGCAAUACCUGAUCACGCGUAUGAAUUUCACAUUUUUGUGCAUUGAUGGUUUUCAUCUCUUUGCUUGUAAGUGCUAAUCCUCGUCGUUCUGCUUACCUGGGAAAAAAUUUUGGACUGUAUCAUGAUGUCCUCUAGAAAUAGAAUCAGAAGCAAGUCCUGCUCUCGUUACGUCAGCUAGUAGCAUCGUGCAGAUGGCAUGAUCAUCAUGAAGAUCUUCGUCCUCAUAUUAGGUAACGUCCGUUGCCGCGAGAGGGUACGCGAUUUAGAUGCGAGUCUGCAGAAACUGUCUAUGUCAGAAGACUGGUGCCUCCCGCCAGAUACGGAAGACAAGGACAAGCCGGGCGGCGCCGGGGCCACCGGCAGCAAAGGGGGCCAGAAGGCGGCGGAGAAACUGGAUUUCGGAGACUUGGAUAACAUGCUGGCAGGGGAUGACGAUGACGACAUAGAAAACGAUGGGUAACAAGCGUGUUGAUUCGCACCUUUUGGCUCAUGAUCAUGAUCUUUAUUUCAUGCCAACCAUACGCCAAAGCACACAUGAUGCAUAAGUUAAGUAGUUGUAAAUGAACGAAAAUCAAAAUCGAUUUUAGGUUUGAACUCCCGGACAGCGGAAAGGAGUCCACCAAAUUGCGCACCUACGACCUCUCAAUAACAUAUGACAAAUACUACCAAACACCAAGGCUAUGGCUCUUCGGGUAAGGCAUCGACGAGUCCUGCGUUUUUCUUUUGAAUUGCGUGGUUUGAUAUAAAUUCAAUCAAGGCGAUACCAAUAUAAUCACGACUGCCUUUGCGCAGCCGCAUUGCAACUCUUGUACUGCAGGUAUGACAUCUACGGCCGACCACUAGAGUCCCGGGAGAUUUUUCAGGAUGUGCUAUCAGAGUACCAUAGCAAAACCGUCACGGUUGACCCACAUCCUCUCACCGCCGUGCCAACCUGCAGCAUACAUCCAUGCAAGGUAGUCUACAGGAAGUGAACAUAACUUAGACUUACUACAAAAGACCUUUUUUUGCGUACUAAUCGAAUGAUUGUAUGCACCGAUCACGAAAUGCUUCGAAAAUACAAUAAAUGCGGGAAGUUUUUUAUCUCAACGAUGACAGCACGCAGCAGUGAUGAAGAAGGUUAUUCGGGAUUGGAUGGAGCAGGGCCUACAGCCGCGCCACGAUCUGGCUUUGUUCGUCUUCUUGAAGUUCAUCUCCUCUGUCGUCCCGACUAUUGAUUACGACUUCACCAUGGAUAUCGAACUGUAGCACAGGCAGCUCGCAGCGGAGGCCCACAAAAACCGGCUUGGGGAAUGCUAGACAUGACACACACUUCUUCAACUUUUUCAAAACAAUUCUAGACAUUUUGCUGCAACGCGGUGAUUGCGUUCCCGAUCGCGGAUCACGCGUGUUGGAGUUACUGGCAAUGCCGUAGAAUGAGCGUUUCUGGCUUCGUGCCCUGCCCGUCCUGAUGUAGUUGAGCUGGACAGGUCGCCGCUCUACCUACAACAGGGCUACACCUUUGUGACAGACCGCAAGAACAGUUUUCUCGAAAGUCACCAAGAUCGGAGAAGCCCGACUGCAAUAUUCCGGAGAUCCACAUCGAUACAGAAACAGAAGUUUUGCUCCAUCAAAAGGGUUGGCGGGAUCUUGGUUCC